CUUCUCUACGUAACCGUUUCCUCUUUCAUUUUCAUUUCUGUGUUUGCUUAAAUUUCCUAAAAUUCUCUGAAGCGGAACCGCUCCAGCUUGAAGAACCAGCACAUCGAAUCAACUUCACAUUCAGUUUCAGGUAAAAAUGGUUUCAUUAAGAGAACUUACAGAGCAACGAGGUAACCAGGGCAGAGAGGGGGAAGAGGAAGGGAUUUUGUCAGUGGAGCCUAUCACUAUGAUAGUGCCGCCGGAGUUGCAGGAUAUACCGAAAACAGUGGCGUCUGAGACCAGCGCCGGUUCCAGCGCCAGCGACAACGGUGGCGACCCCCCCAGUGCACCGUCCAGCAGUUCGUCUACUGAGGAGACACCCAGCCGUGAAGAAGGGGUGGGGGAUUUGGUGAGCAGUGUCUCAGAUCGGCCGAUGAUUGGGGAAUGGGAAGGUGCGAUGAUCCCGGGCAGGUUGAGUAACCUCCGCAAAGCACCGAAGGACCUGCCCGCUGGAUUCAGGUUCAAGGCUGCACUUCAUCACGAAGUAGCAGAUUGUGCGCCCUCCAUAAGCGGAUAUAAGAGGCUCGAGGAGAUGGUGAGGGCGUACCAUAUCCCUAAAACCAUACUGCUGCGGACUGGCGGGCAGAACGAAGGGGCGUGCACGGUGUCGCGAACAGGCUGGAUCCCAGUGUAUACGGACCACUUUGACGCCGGCCUGCGGUUUCCCCUACCCGGCCUGGUAUUCGAUUUGCUCGCGGAGUACGAGCUGGCGCUGACGCAGCUAACGCCCAACAGCAUAAGGUUCAUCAUGGGCUUUAUGCUGUUGUGCGCAACAUUGGAGGUGCCAGCUAAAGCGAUAGUGUUCAGGUUGCUAUUCCAGUGCCGGUUGUGCCCAAACUCACAAGGAGCGAGGUGGUACUACCUCUCUGGGAGGGAUAAGAGCCAAUUGUUCAAGAAUGUCCGGAACAAAGUGGCGAGAUGGAAGAGGCAGUUCGUAUUUGUUCGCGACACGCGGACAGAGAGGAUAAGCAACGACCUCGCUGCUCGGCUGUCAGAAUGGCGAACUCCGAACGCCCACAUCAACUACCCCCAGCUGUUGCCCCGGGAUGUCGACCUGAAGAACCAACUGCUUCAGUAUGCGCAGGGGGAGGGUCUUAUAGAUUUAGAAGCCCUGGUUACCUCGGAGCAGCUUGCCGUGUUCGGGCUUGUCGAUGUGACAAACCUGUUCAGCGAAGGUAUAUUUUCAUCAUAUAUCAUAGAUUCUAGCCGAGCUGAGGCUUAUGCAUUUGUUUGUGCAGGUGAAAUGAGCAGCAUAUUGGAACGUCAGCGCCAACGUGCCCAGAGCUCCCGAGGUCGUGGGGCGAGCAGCGCGCAGCCCCGGCAAACACGGUUUGACGAGCGGCCACCCCCAGCGCCUCAAUCGCGCGGCUCGUCACACCGGGGGUCUAGCUCGGCUUCAAGGCCACGAGCAGAGCAUCGAGCUGAGGCUUCAGCUCCGAGCGAGCGCAGGCGCGCACGCGAGGAGACGGAGAGUGAAGAUGAGGUCCCCCUUGCUAGGCGCAUAAGAAGCGGGGGGACUCAGCCCGCGCAGGCGACUCGUCCUGUAACAGUGCGUUCACCGAACGCACCGUCAGCGACUGUGCGGGCAGCAGUGGAGCCCGCCUCUGCACUGGCCUCGACAUCCGGCCCCAGGAUUGCUUAUCCUGAGGGCUUCAGCUAUGUGCGGGCAGAGUGUCAGCCUGCCAUGGUGCAAGCCAUGCACAGCUUUGUGCCCCCUAUGGAUAACAAGCGGGCCAAAUCUUUUGUGCAGCAGCAUGGCGGCCAGGUCGCCAUGAUAAAACUUAUGGAUGCAUUCAGCUAUGCUGUGGCUAUGUACGAGAGUGAGCAAGCGGCUCGUACACGGAACAGCGAGCUCGGUUCCAAGUGCAAGCAACUAGCUGCUGAGAAGGCCAGCCUUGUGGAUGAUGUGAAUCAUCUGCAAGGCUCUGAAAUGGCGAACCGAGCUGCGACUGCGGAGAGCCGGGCGGACGAGCUCGCCAACAAGAACAACGAGCUUAGGGAGGAGUUGGCGCGAGCUCGAGCUGAGAGAGAGAGCGGAAUACAAGCGGCAAGGGAUGAGGCCGCCAGGGCUGAUGAGAGGGCAAAGAAGGCUGAGGCCGACAGGGAUCAUGCUCAGCACGAGCUGAGCUCUCUUAGGCACCAAGUCGCCGAGGCGGACCGAAACCUUGCUGCUACCGGGGAGGCUCUGAACGAGCUGAAGGCUUCCCAUGCCCGUUCUGUCGCCAUCGCCCGGGCUCAAGGGGCGGAAUGGUUCGUAGGCUCGGCUGCGUUUCAGGACGCCGUGGCGGUGGCGUCGGCAAAUCUGGUCUUCUUUGACGAGGAGGAGCUAGACGAGCAGGGUAAGAGCCUUGCUCCCCUCGCUGAUGCAACUGUGAGGCUGAGAUGGGAUUUGAACGAGGAGGGCGUGCCCGUCUGGCCACCGUCCAUUCUGGAGGACGGGGAGGACCCAGUAGGACUGCCCUCAUUUGAUGCAUGGGUAGAGGGUGCUCCUGUAGCUGAGCAGGAGCCUUCAAGCACCCCACCCAACUCUCAGCCCGCUGCUGCGCCCUCCAGCUCACCCGUCAACGCGCCAGCCUCCGAGCCCGCUGCCCGAUCUCCACCAGCUCGCUCUCCGAUCUCCACCAGCUCGCUCUCCUGCGGUUGUUGCUGAUUCAUCCAUGCCCGUCGAUCUGACGGAUGACUAGGCUUAGGACUUUUUGUUUCAUUUUUUGUAUUUUUGCUUUGGCAUUUUUGUAUUUGAUCAACCAGAUUCCGAUCGUAUGUACUUCUAAUGUAACAUCAUUGAUGAAAUACAAAAAUGAAUUUUCU